AGGGAGGCCACGCUGUGGCUGCCCUCUUCGUGGGCCAACAGAGACACAUCUCUGCCUUGGCACAGAGCUCUGAGUCAACAGGCCAGAUAAACAGCCCAUUUCCUGGGGCCAGCACGGAACAAAGCCCCUGGCUGCUGCAGGAUCUGGCUGCCCCCCUCUUCCUGAAACAGCUGUUGAUUCUUUUGACAGGAGCUGGAACACAGCACCUUCCCUUCCUCCCAGCCCUGCCUCCUUCUGCAGAAGGGAGCUCAAUAGAACUUUGUUGUUUCGCCUUUUACUCUGCGAGGAGAGAAGCAGACAAUGAGGAGAAAAUAAUGAAUGUCAAAGGGAAAGUGAUUCUAUCGAUGCUGGUCGUCUCGACUGUAAUCGUGGUAUUUUGGGAAUAUAUCAACAGCCCAGAAGGCUCUUUCUUGUGGAUAUAUCACUCGAAAAACCCAGAAGUUGGUGACAGCAGCAUUCAGAAGGGCUGGUGGUUUCCGAGCUGGUUUAACAAGGGGAUCCACAAUUACCAAGAAGAAGACAUAGACAAAGAAAAGGAACAAAGAAAGGAAGACUACAAGAAGGAGCUUCAGCUAUCAGACUGGUUUAAUCCACAGAAGCGCCCAGAGGUCGUGACGGUAACUGGAUGGAAGGCACCGGUCGUGUGGGAAGGCACUUACGACAGAGCCAUCUUAGAAAACUAUUACACCGAGCAGAAAAUUACUGUGGGUUUGACAGUUUUUGCUGUUGGAAGAUACAUUGAGCAUUACUUGGAGGAGUUCUUAACAUCUGCUAAUAGAUACUUCAUGGUUGGCCACCAAGUCAUAUUUUACAUUAUGGUAGACGAUGUCUCCAGGAUGCCUUUGAUAGAGCUGGGUCCCCUACGUUCCUUCAAGGUAUUUGAGAUCAAUUCUGAGAACAGAUGGCAGGAUAUCAGCAUGAUGCGCAUGAAGACAAUCGGGGAGCACAUUGUGGCCCACAUCCAGCAUGAAGUAGACUUUCUCUUCUGCAUGGAUGUGGACCAGGUCUUCCAAGACAGCUUUGGAGUAGAGACUCUUGGCCAGUCCGUGGCUCAACUACAGGCCUGGUGGUACAAGGCAGAUCAUGAUGAGUUUACCUACGAGAGGCGGAAGGAGUCUGCAGCAUACAUUCCCUUCGGCCAGGGGGAUUUUUAUUACCAUGCAGCCAUUUUUGGAGGAACACCCAGUCAGGUUCUAAACAUCACACAAGAGUGCUUCAAGGGAAUCCUCCAGGACAAGAAAAAUGACAUAGAAGCCAAGUGGCAUGAUGAAAGCCACCUAAACAAGUAUUUCCUUCUCAACAAACCCACUAAAAUUUUAUCCCCAGAAUAUUGCUGGGAUUAUCACAUAGGCCUGCCUUCAGAUAUUAAGAUUGUCAAAGUAUCUUGGCAGACAAAAGAGUAUAAUUUGGUUAGAAAUAACAUCUGACUUUAAAUUGUGCCAGUAGACUUCUGAAUUUGAGAGAGGAUAUUCUGGCUACUUUCUUACAAACGUAACAAUUUUAACUUAAAAAAAAAAAGCUGACAUAACACCAACACAGCAGCUACAUACUGUUUCUCCUUGUAACUUUGAGCCUUGUAAUAAUAUGGGAGAAUGAACCUAUGGUAAUCAAAUGUUAAUUCCCAGUGAUUUCUUAUCUAUUCUGGGUUUGAGGGACAAUGCUAUCAACUGAACUAAAAAAAAAAAGUAUCACAGGCAAAGAAGAAGCCAGAAACAUUCUACAUGUGCCAGACGAUAUGUACUGGAGAAUAGGAUGCUAAGGGAAGUGCUUGGCAACAAGAUAAAAUGGGGAUAGGGGUGGCCUUUCCCCCUGAUUUCCGCAUCUUCCUGUCUCCAGGUCUAGCAGCAUAAGAGUUGCUUGCAGCAAAACUCUAAGAACACAGUCUACCUUGGCAGUUCUCAAGUGGUUUCAAUGGCAAAUUGCUUCAGGCCAUUUGUAGUUCAUGUCCUUUUCUCAUCAGGAUGUUGUUUAGCUUCUGUGCAAAAGACUGGUCAAGAUUCCCAAAGGAUAUCAUGGUGGUGAAUGUUGGGAGUCACGGGGAAUCUGAAUAUGAAGUAAAAACAAAGCCUCAAACUCAUGGCAUGAGUUGGCCAUGAAAUAGCAAAGAGAGAGUGGAAAGAGAGUAGGCUGAUCACUGUGGUGCAAUGCCACCUCUGAGGGACACAGGGCAUGGGGUUGGCCUUGAAUGCAGUGUGGAGCCAGGCACUAAAUGGGAGGCAGUGUGGGUGGUCUCCAGCCUCCUCGACCCCACAACCCCAGAGUAGCAGGGACUUGAAUAGAAAGAGCUUCUUGUUUUGCCCCAGUCACGUUGCAUCUGGCAGACUCUGCAACUUGUGUCUUCAGAUCACUGGCCAGAGAAAGUGGAUGGCGUCAGAGACGGCAAGGCCUGCUGUGAACUAAAUACUCUUGCAAGGAGUUGCAUUUCCCAGACCUGUGCUUCAUGACGAUAGCCAGUCAUCCCUGAUCUGUGCUUCAGGACAGUCAGUCAUCAGCAAGUCCCGCCACCACCUGCUUUAACCCUCAGGGUCCCUCAGCCCAUCAUGUUGCAAUUUGGAGGGCUGGCAUCAAGGAGUGGGCUGGAGGAAAAGCCCUCCCAUCAAGUUACCUCAGUUUCCCCUGCCCAAUCUGCGCUACUGAAGUGUAACAGCCAGAUGCAUAUAAUAAGUUGAUCUUACAUCAAAAGUAGAGGGGAAGGCAAUGGAGACCCAGUCCUCAGGACAGAAGAACAUUCAAUUCCCUUCUCUAAGAGAAGCUGUGACAUCCUGCAUAUUUAAAGUUAAGCAAUUCAUUGUAAAAAGGGUUAGGAGGCAAUAUUUACAUAUGCAGGUAUAUUUAUAUUUUGCUUGUGUUCCAGUUUAGGUUGUUUCCAUUUUUAAGUGAUUUAUUUCAAGAGUCAUUGCACUGGCUUGAUGUUCAGCACAAUGGCAUUCUUCGAUAAAAUGAAACCUAUAUUUUCUCUACCAUUUUACUGUGCCUCCUACCCUUCAGUUCUUGCCAAAAAUCUCACAACCCUGCAAAAGCAAACAAAACUGACAAAAACCCUAAGGUGGACUUUAAAAAAGAGAGAGAGGCCACUUGUCAGUUGAGACUCUUGCUUCUCUGACUCAAGUUUUCUGAGACACAUUUGGAGUAGGGAGAGUUAAUAGUGAAAGUCCUAAACCAAAGAAAUGAGCUGUCCUGAAGGAUUGGAAAAAAGAGCUGAUCUUUACUUUUGAGGGAAUCUUAAUUUUUUUUCAUUCACUUAAAUCUAAAUCCAAAAUGAAGAAGCUUAGGAUAUCACUAAUAGUUACUGAUAAAUAUUUAAAAAUAAUAAAAUUCCAGAUUUACAAUUGAAUAAAUUAUUUUCUCAGUAUA